AUGCCGAAUCCAGUACCACAAGUACAGCAGCCGAAUCAGAUGCUGAUGCAAAUACUUCAACAGCAGCAGCAGUUGAUGGUGCAACUCACCCAGCAGAUUUCUGCUACUCAGCUGGCCAAAAGUCCGACGGCAAAGGAUGAUUCCGAUGAUCUUGUGUCGUAUUCGUGCAAAGUGAAUAAGGCGUGUGUGGAUUUUAAGUUGCGAGACCUAUCAGAAGAUCAGUCUAAAUGUCUCAUAUUUGUGUGCGGUUUGAAAUCAUCUCGAGAUUCAGAAAUUCGCAUGAGGUUGAUAAACAAACUAAAUGAGACAGAAGACAUCUCUCUGGAAAAAUUAGUGGAAGAUUGUAAAACGUUACUGAACCUGAAGCAGGACAACAGUCUUGUUGAAAAGCAGCAAUCGCUCAGUGCUGUGAAUGCCGUUCAUGAAGAGCGGCUACCGAAACCUAGCAACAAACAAGGUGGCGGGGGUGCAGUUAACAACAAUCAACCCAGAACCCCAUGUUGGUCGUGUGGAUGCAUUCAUUUUUCUGCAGAUUGCCCAUUUCGUGAACAUCUGUGUCGGGAGUGUAGGAAGAAAGGCCAUAGAGAAGGAUAUUGUGCUUAUUUUUCGUCCGGCAACACCAGUGGCAAUAGCAAGAAGAAAAAGAAGAAGUACGGUGGGAAGAACAAAGAUGUGAGGAUAGUGUCGGUAAAGAAUAUUAGUCAGCAGAGAAAGUUUUCCGAAAUUGAAAUCAACAAGGUUCCAGUGCGAUUGCAGAUCGACUCUGCGUCGGAUAUUACAAUCAUCUCCGACGAAUGUUGGCGGCAAAUCGGACAACCUCAAGGAACAGCACCCUCCUGCAACGCUAAAUCUGCGUCUGGGGGUUCACUUGAGCUGGCCCUGGAAUUUUGGUGUGAUGUAAACAUCGGCGGAAAAACGAAGAGAGGUUUGUGUCGUGUGGCUUCACCCAAUCUCGAUCUUAACAUUUUGGGUUCCGACUGGAUUGAGCUUUUCGGGUUAUGGGACGUUCCUAUUAAUUCGUUCUGUAACAAAGUUAGCAGUCAACAGGCCCGUACGGAUGAAUCUCUGCAAGCCCAGUUCCCAAAAGUUUUCUCAGAUGAAAUGGGACUCUGCUCAAAGACAAAAGUUCGACUGACACUCAAAGGAGAUCCCAAGCCAGUAUACCGUGCAAAACGUCCAGUUGCAUACAGUGUUCAAGGUGCGGUAGAAGACGAACUUCAACGAUUGCAGAAUUUGGGAAUUCUCCAACUAGUCGAUCACUCAGAUUGGGCAGCACCAAUUGUCGUUGUGCGCAAACCAAACGGUAGAGUCCGAAUUUGUGCCGAUUUUUCAACAGGCCUCAACGAUGUUUUGGAGUCGAAUCAGUGUCCGCUUCCCCUACCAGAAGACAUCUUCACCAAAAUGGCCGGAUGUAAGGUCUUCAGUCAUAUUGACCUCUCCGACGCGUACCUUCAAGUGGAGGUGGACCCCCGGGAUCAACCUCUCCUGACAGUCAAUACCCACAGGGGACUUUUCCGUUAUACUCGUCUCACGCCUGGUAUCAAGUCAGCUCCGGGUGCUUUCCAGCAGAUAAUGGACGCAGUGGUGAGUGGCAUUAGAAGAGCUUGUGGUUAUUUGGAUGACGUGUUAGUUGGUGGCCGGACGAAAGAAGAACAUGACAAAAACCUAAAACAAGUGCUUAAACGUCUGGAAGAAUACGGAUUUACAGUGCGAAUAGGGAAGUGUAAGUUCAACAUGCAAGAAGUGGAAUACUUGGGGCAAAUUUUGGAUGGUGAUGGCAUCAGACCCGAUCCGGGCAAAACGUCAGCUAUCGCUUCCAUGCCACCGCCUCAAGAUGUGCCUUCACUUCGUUCAUACCUCGGAGCCGUUAGUAAUUAUGCAAAGUACAUUCCGGAAAUGCGAAAGCUACGGUUCCCGAUGGAUCAAUUGUUGAAGUCAGGAGCAAAGUGGAUUUGGUCAGGAGCAUGCCAGCGAUCAUUUAACCGAUUCCGUGAAAUUCUACAGUCACCGUUGGCGCUUACACAUUAUAAUCCCAGCAUGAAGAUCAUAGUGUCAGCAUCCGCUGACGUCAAAUUACGGAAUUGGAGCGCGCAUUGCCCACAAGCUGCCAGAUGGAUCAGUGAAGCCGAUACCAUAUGCAUCAAGGAGUCUUACGCAAGCCGAGUUAAACUACAGUCAAAUCGAGAAAGAGUGGUUGGCGUUGAUCUUCUCAAUUACGUCAUGGCAUCGAUCGAGCUGGAGGAUACCGUGGAGUACAUCGUCAAGCAGUCAGUUAAAGCUCUUCCAGUUACGUUCAAAAUGAUUCAAUCUGGAACUAAGUCGGAUGCAGUACUGAAGCAGGUGAAGCAGUUCGUCCAAACAGCUUGGCCAUCAAGUCAGUCAAAAAUCAGCGAUUCACAGUUACAGCAGUUCUAUCAACGACGGGAGAGUCUUUCAAUUGUUGCUGAUUGUCUACGGAGAUCGACUGGUGAUUCCAGCGAAAUUCCGUGA